AUGGUCGAGAUGCCGAAAUGUACAGAUGGAACGAGAGAGGUCGGCGAAGGGUCCCUCGACGACACUGUGCCGGAGGGUGUUCGAAACGAACAAGCCCGAGUCCUCUCUCAUGGGUGGCUUCUGCUAGCUCCCAUGUCGCAGGCCUCGAGGCACCGAUCUCUGACGCCUUCCAUCGAGAUCCAGCACCUGACAGACCCCCUCCUCUCUGUCCAUCGACGGUUCAAGUCCCGCAGCUACAGCUCUGCCGAGGAGCUCACCAUCACUGCCAACAAGUCAGAAUCCAGCUCUUCGACGCCUUCCGUCAAGACGGUCGUUUCUGACGAUACGCCUCUCCUGAGCGCAGGCAUUCCAGACGCCCCCUCUGUCCCCACCGUCGAAACUCUUCCAAACCCGGUCGGCACCAAACGUCAAAUGUUUGCACAAUAUCUCAAUUUCAACAGAGCUGCUGCGGCUCGGCCAGAAGUUUCUGGAACAGAAAUAGUGGCAGGCGACUUCGACAACACGCCCACCCCGAGUACCCGCCCAUCAUUUGAGGAGACAGUUGUUCUGGCCCCAGGAAAAGGCAUGGCCUCGACCCUAUCCUCAACUUCAAAAUCUGCCGCCGGCCAUCGACAUGCGCUGCUCAAGACCCAGCCCGGCCGGGCCAUGGACGUAGACCGAGAUCUUCCUGUUCCCCCUAUUCUGAGUCGAGAGCCCUCUACCGAUACGGUUCCGUUCCUGCGUGCGCAUUCGCCAGUCACGUCCGAAGCGAAACCUACGGUAGCAGACGAAAGUGCGCGCUCGCUCCGCGCUACAGAAUCACCGUCUCCUGACCGGAUUCCUAUCGGGCCUCCCAGACACCCAUACGAUCAACAGGAGCGGCCAUGCAUCGACCCAGCACUCCACACUACACAAUCCCACAGAAAGGUGCAGCAUCCCGGGCUUCUGAAGGGCGCAGACUUUUGCGACGCCGGCACGUCAGGACAGCUCGCUCAACAGACAUCGCUCCCACCCACAGACUCGGGAAUUGUAUCGUCUACAUCUUCAGAUCCUGAGAUCUUGUUGGUUCAGGUACAGCGCACACUGACUGGGGACGACCUUUGCCCUACAACCAUACCCAUAGAAAUUCCAAAGCACGCUGAGCACAGCCGUGCCACAAAGGUUCGACCAGCUGCUGACCUCAAGCCCUUCUACCAUCACGAGAAUAUCAACCAGGGGCAGCAAAGCCACCCAGCUGUGUCAAAAGUUGCUCCCUUUGACGCCUCGAGGGAGGAAGAGCACGUUUCUGACGCCCAGACCUCUAUGGAGACUUCUAGCGGUGAAGACAGCCCAGACGUGCAAACUGCUCUUGUUCCGGAAAACGUCUCACGAAAGGUGUCUGUUACCCCUCCAGACGGACGCACCGAAGCAACAGCAUAUCACCAACUCGAAGUCUCUGGAGUAAGCGUACCCUGCCUAGACCACCAACACGUGUCCAAGGUACAGCCAUUGCACGAUGACGCAGAUGUAUCAAGCCAGGAAAAAUACUUCGCUAUCGGGUCAGACGAUUCGCUCCAUAACGAUGAACACAAUGAACAAGUGCAUGCAUCUCCUGCCACCAAAUCCACGGCCACCAAGGGUGCAGCUCUCGAUUACAGACGCACAGCGAAAUGGCUCCGAGAUUUACUGCGCAACCGUGAUGGAUACAGUGCAGCGUUGACUGAGCGUCCUGGACGAGCCGAAAGUAUGCCGCGCGGAAGAGACAGCAACGAGAGCACUGAGCCGCUUCCCAUCUCGUCUGCUCGAAGAUCUAUGUCCCCCCGCAGUUUGACACGUGAAUCCACGUUACCUCCAUCGAAAAUCGAACCCGGCGCCUUCAAGCACGCCGUCAAUGAGAUGGAGCGUCUACUGGAUGAAGCUCUUGCGGUAGCUUGCCAGAUUGUUGAUCAUCAGGAGGCCACGCAGCAAGACUCGGUGAAGUCACCGUUGCUCUCGAACCCCGAGACCCGUGGGGCCAGGACCCUCCCAAACGACGACACACAUACACAUCUGGAGACUAUUGACCUGGAAGAUCUUGAUGACUUGACAAAGCGCAAGUACGGUCGAGCUGCCACACUGCCGAUGCCGGCUCAUCCCUGCCUACGAAUCAACACACCCGAAGAGUCAUCCGACGGGCCAGAUGUCAUAGAUUUCAUUGCCCAGUACGGUACGCCGCGCAAGGGAGAUGGCUCGAUCCGCACCAGGUUGGCGAACCGACGGGCAGGAGAGGGGAGCAACGACGGAGAUCUUCCGGACGAUGAUGCUGCAGGCCGCGGAAUACGCCACGGUCGAGGCAUUAGCCUUCGGAACAAAUCUCAUGUCAGUUUGCCUGGCGUCCGGGCUUUCAACCUGCCCAAGUCACAUCGACGACAACCCAUCGCACGGGACUGGUCACCCGCCCGCAAGCAGUUUGUGGCCAUAGUCGCGUGUACAAGCACGGCACUGACCGGAGUGGUUCUGGGCAUCUACGCCGGUAUCGUCCCUUCCAUCCAGUACUACAUUCUCGACACCACGCACGCAACCGUCUACGGCAAUGUUGGAUACCUCUUCGGCGCUUCUCUGAUGAGUGGCAACCCUCAUCAGGAGGUUGUAGACGAGCACGAUGUCAGGAGACACGGAGGAGGACUCGGUGCCUGGCUCGGACUCUGGACAUGGUGUUGGAUUGGUUCCCUCAGUAUCGGCUUCCUUUUAGGUGCUGCGAUUAUCGACAGUCUUCGGCCUGCAUGGGGCUUCUACCUGAGUAUCAUACUCAUUGUCAUUACCCUCUUGCUGAACACGGUGUGUCCCGAAGUCAGAAGAUCCGCAUUCCGACGAUCUGUUGCAGAAGUCCGGACCGAAACGGCCAUCUCCCGGCGUCUUGCACGAGGGGAGGUCAUGAUGCACAGGAUGAAGACAGGGCCCAAGUGGUGGGGACAGGAGGUCUGGCAUGGCGUACUCCUUUCGCUCGAGAUGCUCUGCCAGCCCGGUUUCGCCAUCAUGGCUGUCUACGUCGGUUGGAUCUAUGCUCAAGUCGUGCUCAUCAUAUUGUUUCUGGGAUCACUGUCCUCGAGAUUCUACAGGAUGCGGUCGCCAUUCGUCGGUCUCAUGGUUGCUGCCAUCGCCUUGGGCGCGCUGGUGGGGAUUCCGUUCCAGAAAGCCAACCUUUUCUCGCGCGCGCGGCACCGUGAGCAGAAUACCAGCAGGAUGACCCUUGACAACAAGUUCCUCUGGACAUCUCAUCUCCUCCGCCGUACCAUUUUCGCAAUUGGUCUGCCUUUGGCUGGCCUCAUCUACACCAUGGUCUCGGAGGGGCCCCCGAUGCACCCGAGCGUUCCCGCCAUCGUCGCCGCCCUCAUAGGAUUUCUCUCCUGCUUGGCCAUUUCUGAGUGCAAUGGGUUCAUCAUGGAAACUUUUGACACAUCUGACCUGCAGCCAGGAAUGAUUGGACAUCCGCGAGAGGAGUCGGCCACGUCCAAGAAGAGGACAAACUAUUCCUCAUUCCCCAGAGUUAGUGCUGGCCUUGCCCUGUGCCACACCUUUGCCUUUGUCUUUGCAGCAGGAGCCUCAACUCUUGGCGGCCUCUCUCUGCGAAACCUCGGGCAGCGAGCCGCGACAGGUGUGGUGUCAGGUAUACUGUUCGUCUUGACAGUACUCCUUCUCAUUGGACUCAUCCGUUUCAAGGAGGUUCAAAUCAUUCCAGCCUGCAAGUCUUUUGAGAUGGACCGCUGGACUGAAGUCCGUCGCAAAUCGUUACACCGCCGGGCCUCGAUGCUGGAAGGCACACCCAGAACCGACGAUGCCGUGGCCGAAGACGAGCCGUGGCGUCCGAUCGUCAUUGGCAAUCCGGUAGCCAAGACGCGCCGUGUGAACAUCCUCGAGCUGGGCCCCAUGACGCGCUGGACUGAGAUUCGACGAAAGAACAAGCUCGUUGACGCCAAUGUCAGCGCUGGUCGAGCAGCGCUUGACGUUGUGCGUGAUGUCCGGGAACUCGUGUCACGAUCACCCAGCCAACGCAGCGUGACGGAGAGUACGCGGCGAGGACAUUUGCAUCGCAGCGGCGGUUCCGGCGGCAGCAACGACAUGGUGGAGCUGGGCAAUCUGAGGCGUCAAGCUGCGAGCACAUCUGCCAACAGCCACCACAGCUGGACCACGGCAGACCCGUACGUGGAGCGUGAAUGCGUCCUCGGCCAGACUGUGCGAGAAGAGCAGGAGGAGGAAGAGCCCAGCUACAUAAAGUCGGAUACAAGCGCCGAUGAAACGGCGGCGGAACAGUACAGCACACGCAUGCGGACUUCCAAGGUCAGACCGAUGUACCAAGGGCCACCAAAGGGGAAAGGAAAAGGAGAUUGA